AUGCCCAUACAUCAGACUUCUGGCAGCUUCCUCACCUGCACCAUUCUAGACAAAGCAGUAUACCCAGAAGGACUCAGUGAAAAUAUUGGCCUUCCCCUGAGUCUAUUUGAGAAGCACGACCCCUGGCCAGCCUAUGUCACAUAUACCUCCCCAAUGGUGAGAAGCCUCAUUGAGAAUAGCCGAGCUCGAGACCUAGAAUGCAUACAAGCCAUUGAAGAGAAUCGGUGGGGCUCAAGGCAAAGCAAGCCUUCCAGUGCCAUUCAUCUGAAGAGGUGGAAGUCCAAGUCCUCCAGCAAAGCUGCGUUAAAGGACAGGCUGUCCGAUAGCACAUUAUCAGUUUCUACAGUUCUCCCAGAACCCACACACUAUAGUACAGAGUCCAGAGAAUGUCCCACUACAAACUAUAACAAGAUCAUCUUUGCCCGAAAGCCCAUGAUAAGAAUGCUUCCACGCAGCUCACUACCAGCCAGCAAAGAGAAACGUUCCAAUGUUUAG